AUGGCGGUGUCGGGCUAUAGAUCCCGCACUCUGAACAAGGACGAUGGCCGUUACAGGACUCAUUUCCGUAUGAUUAAUGAACAGCAAGUGGAGGACAUUACUGUCGAGUUCUUCUACAAGCCUCACACCAUCACCCUGCUCUCCUGCACCGUGCUCAGCCUUAUGUACUUCGCCUUUACCAGAGAUGAUGGGAAUCAAGACGGUAAUCUUCGUGUGGGACUUAUAGUGGUCAUUUCCUUUUUCUUAGUCAUCAGUGUCCUCACCUUUCCAAAUGGUCCAUUCACACGACCACACCCAGUAAUAUGGAGAAUAGUGUUUGGUCUGAGCGUUCUCUAUUUCCUGUUUCUGGUGUUCAUCAUCUUCCUGAACUGGGAGCAGGUGAAGGGACUCAUGUACUGGCUGGACCCAAACCUCCGUUAUGCCAAGCGUGAGGCCGAUAUCAUGGAAUAUGCCGUAAACUGUCACGUCAUCACAUGGGAGCGAAUCCUCAGUCACUUCGACAUCUUUGCGUUCAGCCAUUUCUGGGGUUGGGGCAUGAAGGCCCUGCUGAUCCGCAGCUACGGCCUCUGCUGGACCAUCAGCAUCACCUGGGAGCUCACCGAGCUCUUCUUCAUGCACCUCCUGCCCAACUUUGCAGAGUGCUGGUGGGACCAGGUGAUCUUGGACAUCCUGCUGUGUAACGGUGGUGGGAUCUGGCUUGGCAUGACCGUGUGUCGCUUUUUGGAGAUGCGGACCUACCACUGGGCCAGCAUCAAGGAUAUCCACACCACCACAGGAAAGAUCAAGCGCGCAGUGCUGCAGUUCACCCCUGCCAGCUGGACCUACGUGCGCUGGUUCGACCCCAAGUCCUCCUUUCAGAGAGUAGCCGGGAUUUACCUGUUCAUGAUCAUCUGGCAGUUAACAGAGCUGAACACCUUCUUCCUGAAGCACAUCUUCGUGUUCCCAGCAUGCCACGCGCUCAGCUGGGGUCGUAUCCUCUUCAUCGGCGUCAUCACUGCACCCACCGUCAGGCAAUACUACGCUUACCUAACGGACACGCAGUGCAAACGGGUCGGGACGCAGUGCUGGGUGUUCGGAGCCAUCGCCUUCCUCGAGGCGUUAGCGUGCAUUAAGUUCGGACAGGACCUGUUCUCCAAGACUCAGAUUCUCUACGUGAUCCUGUGGCUCCUGUGUGUGGCUUUCAUCACACUCCUGUGUCUGUACGGAAUGGUGUGGUGUGCCGAGACCUACGGACACCGAGAAAAGAGUCUGUCGGAGUGUGAGGACAGUGUUUAUACCGAGACCAGAGACACUAACAAAGGAGAACCUGGGCUGGACUCUGCACCCCCCGCUACCAGGAAACGAGGAAAAGGCUCCGGUAACAACAAACCCACCAACGGCGUGAGGAAAUGAUGCCCAUGUGGUUGCACACGUUCUCCUGCAGAAGUGACUGAACGAGGAUGAGGAGAGUGAAGAGAUGAAGGAGAACUUGACCUUUUUGCACAGCGAUGUUCCAGACGUAGGGGAGAGCGUGUUUUCUUCCAGGCUCGGUCGGUGCCGAGUAGCCGGUGACGUGACGGCAGCGGCGUUCACUGAUGAAGUUGAUCUCAGAUCCAUCACAGUAUUUCUUUCUCUCUGUGUUUCUAACCUACUGACUGAAUGUGGGCGUGUGCUGAUAUUACAUUACAUAUCACAGUAACCUGUUAUUAGUGCUAUUAAUAUUUAUUAAUCGCUUUAUAAUGAAUUAUCAAUGAAGGGCUCGUCCAAAAGAUUCAACGGGCACAAUUUUCCUCUUCACCAUCCAGGCUAAUGUCAGAGUUUUAACCUCAGACUGGAGCUACAUUAUCUCCUGCAUUUCUUUUAGCUGGUCUACAUCCAUCCUGAGGUAGUGGGAGCAAACUGUAGACACCACACAUGUCUCGGCUGAUCCCCUUUCAUUUAGAAUAAAUCUGCAUUCACACAGGCUUCCUCUGCAUCGUUAUUGAUGCCACGUUGAGCGUACCGUGGCUCUCCGUACGCGAUACGGCUCUCUGUGGAAACCCAGGUCAGAUCGGUGGGUGUGCAAGCGUGAGCGGAUUCACUGUCGGGGAAAUGGAAACGACUAAAUUGAGAGAUGAAGAGGGAAUCCCCGUGCUAAAACUCUGAUUUGAGCUGAAAUUAUGCCAUGCACAUGAAAAUAGUACAUUUACAGGAUUAAGUUUGCCCCCAUUAAUAAUAAUAAUAAUAAUAAUAAUAAUUUAAACAACAUGUUGAUCUAAUUCAGCUUCCCCGCUGAUUGUGAAUCAUGUUUACACGUUUCAGGGAGCACUUAAUGGUCCUGUUGUACCAAAUUAUAUCAAAUUACACUGUCCCACUACCACUGGGUUCCAGGGUUCGAAUCCCCGUUGGUGCUCUCGGCCAGUCGGGAGUCUACAUACAGAUUUAAUUGCCUGUGUAUGAGGGACGUCCUGAGGUGAUAGUGAUUCCUGGGAAGCCAGAUUCACAGUGACCCUAACCUGGAGGAAGCACCGGUAAAAUAGAGUGAGUUUGGUACACUGUAGUAGUCCGUGUAAUCAGCUGACUCACAGAACACAACAGAAAUCUUGCCACCGGUCGCCUGGCGCAUCAAAUUCCCAUUGAAAUGAAGUAACCGUGCAUGAGGAACCUGAUGUGGCCGUAACUCGAGGGGAAAAUUGUGUGGGAAAUUAUUUUGCUUUGUCUGACUGAAUUCACGAGUGAUUAUUAGAAUAUUGAUGAUUAUUGAUGAGUAUAUUGAUGAGUGAUAUUGUAGACGUGAAUGUCAGCACACACCCUGAUGGGUUGUCAGUCGGAGCGAACGGUCGCGGCACUUUCGGACACUUGACGAACCGACUGUUCCAUGUUCGGCGUGUGUGAUCGUGAUGGCUGCUACCUGGUGUCGAUUACCUCCGUGUGUAAAACCUUCCUGCUCUCGCUGCUCGUCCCUGGAGCCAGUAUCUCACAUUAUUGUUUGUUUUUUUUAAUACACAGACGUGCCUGAGUGAGUGUUAUGUGUUUUAAUAACUCGUACCGUCGCAUUAGGGUGCACCGUGUGUGUGUGUGUGUGUGUGUGUGUGUGUGUGUGUGUGUGUGUGUGUGUUCAGUAGAUCAUUCCUUCUCUGUGUGGGGUUUUUCCACUACCUGCCACUGAUGACAAUCUUGCCUCUGUGGUUCGUGCACCCAGCGUGAGUCGUAAUGCAGUAUUAAGCUGGGCGGUGUUUCUGAGCGGUGUUUUUACACCUGUAGGGGGUGUGAAUUCACUGUGGACAGAAUGCAGUGCACCACACACUCACCCAGUGACACCUAGACAGGGGCGUGGUGAUACAGGGGGGUUGUUAAGAUUUCCCAGAUCCAGAUCACAUACAGUACAAGCAGAUGGCUUAAGUUACCGGUCCAGAUCAAGGGUCCAACAAUGGCAACCUUGCAGAUAUGGGACUCGAACCAGCCACCUUCUGAUUCCUGGUCCAGUAUCUUCGCUGUCUUAUUACGUAUAGCUUAUGUGUUCAAAAUUAUGUGGAGAGCUGACCGUGGGCUUGUUCCAGACAUUCCAAUUUAAAACCCUGGGCAUUAAUUAGGCACACUGUUUUUGCAGCUAUAACAGCCUCCUUUUAUCUAGGAAGGUUUCGGAGUGUGUCUGUGGGAAUUUCGAGCAGUCGUGAUGCUCAGGCAUGCUAGAACAGACAAGGUCCUGUCUUAAACUGUUGCCACGGCAUGCCGUAGCCUAGUGGUUGGGGUACUGGACUAGUAAUCAGAAAGUCGCUGGUUCAAGCCCCACCACUGCCAGGUUGUUGCUGUUGGGCCCUUGUCCAAGGCCCUUAACCCCCAGUUGUUAAGACUGUUUACUGUCCCUGUAAUGAAGUCGCUUUAGAUAAAGGCGUCUGUUAAAUGUCAUAAAUGUAAAUAUAAAAAUUAGAGGCAUUACAUUUCUUGAUUAUUUAUUUUAGUUACUGGUGCAGGUGCUCCAAUUAGCGAGACGUUUUUCAUCUAUAUCAAUGUCUAGAGCAACCAAUCCACCUUCUGCACGGCGAUCAGGAGGAAACCAGACUGUCCAUAGCAAACACUGACAGCAUCCAGCAGAAGUACUAUAUAACUACAGUAUACGACUUAUAACUAUGAGCCUUUGAGGGUUAAGCAUCUUGCGACUUGCCGGUGGUGGGGCUUGAACUAAUGACCUUCUGACCACUAAUUUACCACUGCCAGCACAAGUGAGCCCAGACUACAUGCUGCUCCACCAGGUUGCUAAACUUUUACCUUCUGCAUGGGGCACACUGCCCACCUGAUCAUAACUUAGGUAAAUAUCAUUGGUUCAACGGUCCAUUGAUGGUGAAUAUCAUGACGUAUUGUAGAUCUGAUUAUCAGCACACGUCAGACAUACUGAGAGCAACAUGCACUUUCUCCCCCGUGUAUCCGUCAUUUCCUUCUCAUAACUCCCAGGCCACUAUAACGAAGACUGAAUGAAUGAUGAUUUGUGAUUUUUACGAGACGUGGGAGUAUUGAAACGUCCUGCACUACAGUACAUGUCGUGUCGCCAGGGUUCGGGUGUUUAUUUGCUUGUGAAAACAAACCCUCGGAAGGAUUUAAGACCAGAUCGGACCACAGCGUGGGUUAGAAAACAAGCGGACGUCUUGUGUGUUUGUAAAGAAUUUCCACACACUGAGUUCUGUAUGUGUUUGUGUCAUUGUUUUAAUAUUUUGUGGUGUGUCUACAUUUCAGAUUAAAUUUCUACCUGUGAUUA